GUCAGCCACAUGGAACACAAAUUAGGGGACACAAAUCAACUCACAGGGCAUUGGGAAAUACAGGCAGAAAGUCAAGUGAAGAGAAACUUCUUCAGAUAUGAGCUAUAUUCUUCAAACUGCUUUUUAAUCACUUUCCCUAGAAUUUAUUUUAUUGUUUCUUCUUAAGUAAUUACACUUUUUUUUUUUUUUAAUAUAACUUCAAUAAUGAAACUGAGUGUGGGGAUAUUUUUUGGAGGCUUCUUUGCAGCUUUGGGGGUUUUGCUUUUUUUGGUGGCAUUUGGAACUGAUUAUUGGCUUCUUGCUACAGAAAUAGGAAGGUGUUCAAAGGCACCUGAAGAUGCUGGGGGAGAGAAGGCUACUUUCCAUCAUGAAGGUUUCUUCUGGAGGUGCUGGUUUAGUGGAAAUGUAGGAGAGAAUAAUGCCAGCAUGUGGAAUUUCUGGUACACUAACCAGUCACCUUCUAAGAAUUGUACACAUGCUUACCUGUCACCAUUUCCUCUUAUCCGAGAUGAACACAAUUCAACCUCCUAUGACUCUGCAAUCAUUUAUCGAGGUUUCUGGACAGUUCUUAUGCUCCUGGGAGUGCUCACUAUUGUGAUGGCUAGUUUCUUCAUCAUCUGUGCAGCUCCUUUUGCCAGCCACAUUCUGUACAAAGCAGGAGGAGGCUUUUACAUCAUUGCUG